AAAUGGAAUUUCUACUGAGAUGAAUGAAAUGAUAUUGAGACGACACUUCAGUGCGUAUGGUGAAGUUAAACAUGUUGUUGUCUACGCUAAAAAAUCCAUAGCUUUCGUUACUUUUGUUGAUCCUUCAAAGGCUCAAAUUUCCCUUCAACAACAACAUAUUAUUCUCGGUCGAAAAGUGGAGGUAAGACCAGCAAAACCAAAAGUAGAAAUAGGGAAGAGGAAGAUAUUUGUGGGAGGAUUGCCUCGAUCCAUAACAGAUGAAGAAUUCAAAGGAUAUUUCGAGAAAUUUGGAAGCAUAGUUGAUGCAGUGGUAAUACAUGACAAAGAAACUAAGAGAAGCAGAGGGUUUGGGUUUGUGACAUAUGAAGCAGAGGAGUCAGCCAACCUUGUUUUGCGAACUAAUUUCCAUCUAUUAAACAACAAGAGAGUUGAAGUGAAGAAGGUUACUCCUAGGAAAGAGAUGGUGCCAACCGGAUUUGGGUUUCCUCCUUAUUAUUACGAUCCAUAUUAUCAAACAUAUUUUUACGUCUUUUGGGUGCCCAUUCCUGGAUUUUACUGAACCUCACUUGGAAAUUUUUGGCCUGAGCAGCAGAGGAAGGCAGACAUGAAGAGAUUUGUGAACCUUUUGUCAUAAGUGUUGCACACGUGUUCAUUUUUUUUUUUUUCUGUUUAAAUUUAAACACGGGAGGGACCUGAAUCCUGAUUACCAGGAACAUUGUUGUUUUUAAUCUUUUUAAUUAUGUUGUUUGUUGUUUUUAAUCUUUUUAAUUAUGUUGUUUUACUCUUUUAAUGUUUUAUGGAGGUUUUAAAUUUAUCUGCAUUCUCCAAUAAUUAUCCUCCUCUCAGUUGUAUCAUAAACAUGGGUUGUCUUCUAGGUUUUGGAUUAAAGUCAUAGAAAAUUUCAAGGUGAUUAAACCAAAUAGUGGAGUUAAAUCAGUGGUAUAAUUGUCGUUUUCAAUUCA